UGCUUCAAUCCUCAAUAACCCUAAAUUUCUCUCACUUCUUUCUCCUAUCUCUCUUGCGCACCACCUGUUCGACUAAAUUACAGUGAGAAAAAAAGAAACCCAGAGCAGUUGCCAUGGUAGUCCCUCUUCGACCUGGCAAAUUCUACGGCAGCAGCCUUCCUCGGCCCAGGUUCUACACCGAUAUCAAGUUCAGCGAUGAGCGUGUCGAUCCACCGGUUUCGGUACUGGACCCACUCAUGUCUUGGGCAAACGAGGCUCACUGGUCGAUGGGUGGUCUGAGCAUGAAUCGCCUUCGUCUUCAGGGGAAGAUUGAGGGAAAUGUGCAGAAGCUGAGGAAGGAGCAAGAGAAGGCUCUAAAUAAGAAGAUCGAAAAUUCAACACCGAUUAGCUCAUCAAAGAAGGGUGUUGGAAUCGGGGGUCGAAGGGGCGGGGAUCUGGUUGAUUCGCCUCCACCCGCUCCAAUUUUGAAGAAGAAGCGAGGGAGGGCGAAGUUGUUGGAUGAAGAGGAGGAAGAGUUUGAGGAGGAUGAAGAGGACGAGGAGGAGACUGAGAUUGAGACUAGAAAAGUGGUGAAGGCCGUGAAGCGAAAUGGCGAAAUGAAGAAGAGGAGAAGGCUUGUUAGGAAGCUUGGGGAUGAUUUUGAGUUGGUUGCAUCUGAGAAUCAGAAAAGUGGGAGGAGUCCUUUGAAGGAUCUGAGCAACGGAUUGGUUUCUGAUACCGGUGUCGCGCUGAGGACUCGCAGCAGGAGAUCUAUGGUGGUGAUGGAAGAGGAGGGUGAAGAUGAUAAUGGCGGAAAGAAGUCAAAGGUCGCCGUCGAAAAUGGUAAAGCUAAGAAAGUCUCAGAAAAGAAUGUUUCGGUUUCUCCAAAGAAAGUGAGUAAGAAGAAUAGGGAAAAGGGCUCUGUUUCACCAAAUGGGUCAAGAAGUUCACCAAGAUUGAAGCAGAAAUCAAUUUAGUUAAUUGAUAAUUUACUAAUUAGUAUGCCUAAUUAAGUCUGAAAGAAACUUUAAUGUGGUGAGAUUUGAUGUUUAUAUGUUAGAGGUAGGAAAAAUGAGAGUGGGUUAAGUUAUUGCUUCAUCUUCUGGUUGUAAGAAGUGUUAAAUCUGAAAUCUGAAAUCUGAAAUGAAAAAUG